AUGGACGACAAGCCACCUCCAAAGAAGAGGUCACGCUUCUUCAGUAACGGUAGAAGCAAAGUCGGCAACAUCCUGCAGCCAUUCAGAAAGCAGUCGCAGGCAGACCCUGACAAAUCUGAGGACAACAGCACUGACGAUAAUCCUCAGCCCAGUCCCAACCACCUCCCGUUACCAUCCAACGUCCAUACUCCUUUCGCUACGCAAACCACGAGUCCAUCUCAACCCCAAGCUAACACCGUGACCUCCGGCCUGAGUGUUUCAAGACCACUGCUCGGAGCCUCAAAGGCAGCUCAGAAUGGCGCUGCAGCCGCCAGUCGAGGUCAGAACAAUAAAGAAAGCAAUCCACCACAGCCAGACGCCACAGGCAGUGAAGCUGAAACCGACGUGGAAACGAGUUCGGACUCGGAAGACGGUGAGCGGGCAGAAGACAUCGACGAGAGCGAUCGUGAGAAUACCAAACCACACACCAACCCCGAGUCGAACUCGCAUCCAUUAGGAUUGAAUCAAACGCGUUCAAGGCAUCCACGAAGGAACGCCAUCUACGGUGUCGAGGCACUUCUUCCACCCGGUUCAGACAGAUCGAACAGCCAUGGACAACAGGCUGGUCCGAGCUCCACCCCAAUCUUUGUCCCUGCGCCCUCCAACCCUCUGGGGAAUAGCUAUAGCUUUGGCGGUGUCCCUACGAACCCCCAUGUCAUUCCACCUGGGGGACAAUACCCCUUCAACUUCCGUACCGCACAGGCUGCACACGCGCCACCGACCGUGGAACGUGCAACAAGUGAUGGGCUGCGGCACCCGCACCCGCACCCGCUGGGCUCUGGCCUAGCACGCCUCGCACAACAAACUGUCCAUGCUGACACCGGUCCUCUCCAACAGCAACAACGACCACUGACAACGCCGCCCUCGCACAAUGCCUCUGCCACGUAUUUGGACGUGGACCGGGAUGAAGACGGUGGUCGGCUCCGGAAGUUCCCUUCACGCGCGCCACGUCCCCCUGCCCAUCAUGGCAUCUAUGUGAGACCUAAACUCCCGCCUCACCUCGCUGUGAAUCCCGACUCGCUUGUUCCAGAACACAUGUACACAGCUCCCAACCGCAUCGAACACGCCCAGGAAUUCGCUCGCAUAACCCUCAAACGCAAACGCCCCGAAGCAAUCCUCCCCCCGCCCUCGUACGUCUACCAGCGCACCGGCGACCCGAACUUCAACGCCUUCCAUGGCUUCCUGUUGUACCCAGAACUUUGCUUCACUUUGGCGACACACCUCCCGGUCAAGGACCUGGUUAGCUUGUACGCGAUCAGCAAGGACUUCCAUACCAUUCUGGACACGCGCUUCACCACGGUGAUCCUCUCCCAAGCGAUGACCAAGGCCCCCGAAAGUGCCCGGGCGUUUAUGUUCCGCAGCUACGCCUACCUCUGCCGCACCGACCCGGCCGCACGCCUCCCUCACCCCAACAGCCGCCUCGCAGCGCUCAACAUCCCUCGCCAAAUCCCAUCCUUCCGAUGGCUUAAGAUGGUUCUGCACCGCGAAAAGGUCAUCCAUGAGCUCAUGACCGUCUUCGCCGAAGGAGGUAUCCCUCUCCCCGGACGGUGCGCGUUGGCACUCAAGAGGCUGUGGUUCAUGCUGGACAUACCCGACAACGCUCGACGCAUCGGGUACGUUCACAACCGGGGCAUGAUGACCGACCUCGAUCUGUACUUCUCGGCGUGCUUCUUCACGAAGCUGGACAUGCGACUCAACGACCCGGUGGCCGCCGAGAAGAGAGAGGGGCUGAGGAAACUGCUCCUCGCCCAGCGCAGCUUCACCAAGAUCCUGCGCGUACUGAAGCGCGACAUCUGGACGACCCGAUUCGACGCGAUGCGCGAGUGGGUCAAGUGCAAAUACACGCCGGCGCCGGACGAGGUCGGGCUGAGCAUCUUCGGCGUCCCGGCGCAUCGCGUGGGCACGGGCCAGCUGGAGUACUGGGGUCUACGCACCGCCGAGCAAGUCGGCCACCGGCUCGAGGUGCUCCUGCGGCCGGACCAGCUGAUCGUCCGCGAGGCGUUCCGCCGCGGCAUGCGCUUCGACAAGCAUUAUCUCAUGUUCAUACUGUACGGGUACAUCCGGCCGGACACGCUGGAGGACUACGAGCCGCGGACGUACGGGCGGCGCAUCGGCGAGAUCAAGGACGACGAGUACGAGCUGGACGACGUGAUCGGCGGGGUGGCCGCGCUCGGUGUCGACGACGAAGGGUUCGAUUCCCUCCUCGACCUCGGACAGCCCCGACGGAUCAGCAAGUUCACCAUUGUCAAGGAGGAGACGUCCAAGCGCGAAAAGGACCUGCGAAAGGCCGAGAAGGAGCUGUUGAAGAGUUGUCACGCGUGGUGGGAGCAGGAGCGCGAGCAAAUGCUGGAGCGGGGGCGAGAGGGGAGAGUGAUAUGA